AUGGAGCUCUUCCAAGCCAAGGAUCACUACAUCCUGCAGCAGGGCGAGCGCGCGCUCUGGUGCAGCCGCCGGGACGGGCGCCUGCAGCUGCGACCCGCCACUGACCUUCUUUUGGCCUGGAAUCCCAUUUGUUUGGGGCUGGUGGAAGGUGUUAUUGGGAAAGUUCAACUCCAUUCAGAUCUCCCAUGGUGGCUUAUCUUAAUUCGUCAGAAAGCCUUGAUAGGCAAACUUCCUGGAGACCAUGAGGUCUGCAAAAUUACCAAAAUUGCUGUAUUAUCACUUUCUGAAAUGGAACCUCAAGAUCUUGAGCUGGAGCUGUGUAAGAAGCACCAUUUUGGAAUUAACAAGCCAGAGAAGAUUACACAAUCUCCUGAUGACUCAAAGUUUCUACUUAAGACCUUUACUCAUAUUAAAUCAAAUGUAUCUGUUCCCAAUAAAAAGAAGGUGAAGGAGAGUAAAGAGAAGGAGAAGUUAGAAAGGAGAUUACUGGAAGAGUUGUUAAAAAUGUUCAUGGAUUCAGAAUCCUUUUAUUAUAGCUUAACUUACGACUUGACCAACUCAGUGCAAAGGCAGAGUGUUUGUGAGAACAAAAACUUACCACUCUGGCAAAAUGUUGAUGAGAGAUUUUUUUGGAAUAGAUACAUGAUAAAAGAUCUAAUCGAGAUUGGUACUUCUGAAGUGGAUUUUUGGAUUAUCCCAGUCAUCCAAGGUUUUGUGCAGAUUGAAGAACUUGUGGUUAACUAUAAUGAAUCAUCUGAUGAGGAGAAAAGCAGCCCAGAUACUCCUCCUCAAGAGUCCUCUUGUGUAGAUGAUAUUUAUCCCCGAUUUCUUGUGGCUCUCAUUUCACGCCGAAGCAGGCAUAGAGCUGGGAUGCGAUACAAACGAAGAGGAGUUGAUAAAAAUGGAAAUGUUGCAAAUUAUGUAGAGACUGAGCAGUUAAUUCAUGUUCAUAAUCACACACUAUCAUUUAUUCAGACACGAGGCUCUGUUCCUGUUUUUUGGAGCCAGGUUGGUUAUCGGUACAAUCCUAGACCACGGCUGGACAAAAAUGAAAAGGAAACAGUUGCAUAUUUCUCAGCACAUUUUGAAGAGCAAUUGAAAAUUUACAAAAAACAGGUUAUCAUUAAUUUGGUAGAUCAAGCAGGAAGAGAAAAGAUUAUUGGAGAUGCUUACCUCAAGCAGGUGUUGCUUUUCAACAACUCAAAUCUCACUUAUGUUUCAUUUGACUUUCAUGAACAUUGCCGAGGAAUGAAAUUUGAGAAUGUUCAGACUCUAACGGAUGCCAUUCAUGACAUUAUUCUGGACAUGAAGUGGUGUUGGGUUGAUCAAGCAGGGGUAAUAUGUAAGCAGGAAGGGAUUUUUCGAGUUAAUUGCAUGGACUGCUUGGAUCGUACAAAUGUAGUGCAAGCUGCUAUUGCAAGAGUGGUCAUGGAACAGCAGCUAAAGAAAUUAGGUGUGAUGCCCCCUGAGCAACCAUUGCCAAUGAAAUGCAAUCGAAUCUACCAGAUAAUGUGGGCAAAUAAUGGUGAUUCCAUAAGCAGACAGUAUGCUGGAACAGCAGCUUUGAAGGGUGACUUCACUAGGACUGGUGAAAGGAAAUUGGCAGGAGUCAUGAAAGAUGGAGUUAAUUCUGCUAAUAGGUAUUACCUGAAUCGCUUUAAGGAUGCUUACAGACAAGCAGUUAUAGAUUUGAUGCAAGGCAUUCCUGUGACUGAAGAUCUCUAUUCCAUAUUUACAAAAGAGAAAGAACAUGAGGCUUUGGAUAAGGAAAAUCAGAGAAGCCACCAGGAACUGAUCAGCCAACUUUUACAGAGCUAUAUGAAAUUACUGCUGCCUGAUGAUGAAAAAUUCCAUGGGGGAUGGGCCCUUAUUGAUUGUGAUCCAAGCCUUAUUGAUGCAACUCAUAAAGAUGUGGAUGUGCUGCUACUGCUUUCUAACUCUGCAUACUACGUGGCCUAUUAUGAUGAUGAAGUUGAUAAAGUAAAUCAGUAUCAAAGACUGAGCCUGGAAAACUUGGAGAAAAUAGAAAUAGGUCCUGAACCCACUCUUUUUGGGAAACCAAAGUUUUCCUGCAUGAGGUUACACUAUAAACAUAAAGAAACAAGUGGCUAUUUCCAUACCCUUCGAGCAGUGGUGCGUAACUCAGAAGAGGAUGGAAAAGACACUCUUCAGUGCAUUGCAGAGAUGCUGCAGAUCACCAAGGAAGCCAUGGGUUUAGAUGUACCCAUCAUAGAGAAAAAACUAGAGAGGAAGAGUAGUAAACCUCAUGAGGACAUCAUUGGGAUUAGAGCUCAAAACCAAGGAUCUUUGGCUCAAGGAAAGAAUUUUUUGAUGAGCAAAUUUUCAUCUCUAAAUCAAAAAGUGAAACAGACCAAAUCCAACGUCAGUAUUGGCAACCUACGCAAGCUAGGAAGCUUCACAAAACCUGAAGUGAAAGUCAACUUUUUAAAACCAAACUUGACAGUGAAUCUUUGGAAAUCAGAUAGUAGUCUUGAAACUAUGGAAAAUACAGGUGUGAUGGAUAGUAAAGUUCAGAUACAAUCUGAUGAGGAGAUAUCUUCAGAUGACUCAUUCCAUUCCGAUGAGUACUUUACAAAUUCAAAGUGUGAAGAGGACAGGCAACUAGCUAAUUCUUUAGAAAAUGUGGGGCCAGUGGACUAUGUUCUUCCUAGUUGUGGCAUUAUUGCUUCAGCUCCAAGAUUGGGCAGUCGAUCUCAGUCUAUAAGCAGCACUGACAUUACCAUUCAUGUUCCUUCUGAAAUGGUUAUGCCACAUGGAACUAGCCUGGGAAAAGGGCUGCCGUCUCCCAUGAAGAAAAGUCCUUCUGCUGACAAUGUAUUAAUUGACUUUGCUAAGCCCAUAGAUGCUUAUUGCCACAGGUUUGUACAGGAUGCUGAAAAUAAGGUGACACAGCCAUUAGAAACUGAGUCUGCUUCCCAACAGGCUACUGAGGAAGGCUAUCAGUCUACCAUUGAGGAGUAUAAGACUAAAGAAACCAAAUCAGAAGGAAUGAGAGAAAUACCUUCUCGACCAUCUAAGUUGGAUGUCCCUUCUGAGACAGGACCACAUUUUUUGUCAGUCGAACCAUCUAAUUUUGCUACAGCUCAGAAAACCCCAGGUUCUGUAUCUAGCAUACUUGAACUUGAAGCAGGAGCUAACCCAACACCUUCCCCUGCAGAAAGCAAUGGUAGUAGAGCAGUCUCCCCUUUUGCAAAGAUCCGAAGUUCCAUGGUUCAGGUUGCUAAUAUUACCCAAGCUGGACUGACCCACGGGAUAAACUUUGCAGUCGCUAAAGUCCAGAAGAGCCCAGCAGAACAUGAGGUAGUUAAUGUGGUAGAACAAAAUGAACUUAAAGACAUGUUUACCCAAUGUCAGACUAGAAUAAUUCAGAUUUAGCUAACCACAAAUAGUUCUUCGAUGGCUUGUAUAUAAUCCUAAAGAAAAUUAUUUCAUACCAAAAUACCAUUAUUACAUGUACUGCCUAAAUGUGGGGAUCAAAACUGCGAACUGUGUAUUUUUGGAGGAUGGUUUUGAGACUUUCUGAGCAGGAUUCAGAAUUUCUAAGAGCACUGAGAUGAUAUUCACAUUAGAAUGUUUUGCAGGUAGUUUAUACACUGGCACUAACAAACAAGCUAUUCAUUUAAAUUCCAGAAUCCAUAAUUUGGGGACACAAUCUGUAAAAUGCUUCCACUAAAAGGCUGGAUCUGGACAUAUUUACCGAAUGGGUAAUUCACAGCUAAAAAUCAAAUGUUUUAUCUAUAAGGUACAUUAUGUUUAUUUGGGGGAUUUGUGUAUUUUAAUCCUUGUUUUAGUUGUGUGUUCUAUUGACUAACAGUCUGUAGUGUCAUUUCUGUGUUAGUAUUUCUGUAAGGUAAUUGGUAAGUUGGUUAGUUAAAGGAGUUUUAAAAGUAGUUGUUUUAAGACUGAGUUGAAUGUGGAAAAUGUUUGAGAUGCAAAAAAAAUAAAUGAUUGCUUUUGUGAUUUUGUUUAAACAUCCAUUUCCCUAUAAAGAGCUAAUUUAGGAAUACUAUAGUCAGGAACCAGGUACCCUUUGACCUGAUUAUCCACUUGAAGAGAAGAAAUUAGAAUAUAUUACUGCCUACACAUCUGCAAAUGCGGAAUCUAGGAGCACUAAAAGCUCGGGUGUUAAAAUAAAUCUGAACAUACACAGAUUGUGUGACCAUGCACUGCGUGGAUACCCUAUGAGCCUUUUAAAGUGCUUUCAGGAAUGAAGUGAUAACUACUUUAUGCGUAUAAUUGAGUAUUUAUUAAGAACUUAUAAGUAUGAAUAGGAAUGAAAUUUGUUUCUAACAAUUCACAGUAGGGAUUUUCCCAUGACAUUUUCAAGAUACUAUAGAAAAAAGGAAGCUAGCUUCAAGACCAUUAAAAAUUAUGGUUUCGAGCUAUUACCCCACCAUGUGUCCUACGGGCAGACUGCACGUGGUAUCUCAAACACGUGUUGUAAUUGUGGUAUAGUGGCUCAAGAACCUUUCUUUGAUGUUGAAAUGAUUAUCAACUGAACAGAUUAUGUCUGUUGAAACUUUAAUAAGCAUUUUAACUUUUGUUAUUUAUUCAUGUUUUAUCAGUGACGUGGGUGUUUUUCGUGUGUCAAUGAAAUCUUGUCAUUGUAUAUUUAAAAUAAAGUACUAUUGUAUUUUAAUGCAAA